GUGUGCCACGGAGUCAAGGAAUGAGAGUGCCAUUACUUUUUUUUCCCUCAGCUGGAUUAGAUGAGUAGGAUGGAUUGGUUUGGGACGGGAGAGGAGAGGAAAAGAGAGUGAGGGUGUGAAGAGAGAGAGAGAGAAACAAAGUGCGACUUAGAAGGAUACAGUUGGAAAGAAACAGAAUGAGACAGACACUAGGAGAGAGUAAGGGAGAAAGUGAGAGAGAGAGAGAGAGAGAGAGAGAGAGAGAGAAAAGGGAGAGUGAUAGAGACAGAGUGAGUGUGAGAGUGUGAGAGAGUGUGAGGUAGAGUCUCUCCUCGUCUCCGGUGCUGCGUGCAGUAAGUUGCGCUCUCUCUCUCUCUCUCUCUCUCUCUCUCCGCUGUAACUUUCCUCCUCCGGAUCCUGAACUCCGUCUCUCUCCCACCUGCGCAGUUCGGAGCUGCCAUGAAUCCCGCCGCCGCGUUUCCGAUCUUGAUCUCCGCGCUGCUGCUGCCCGCCCACGGCCUCUACAUCGCCAGUAGCCUAGAUUCCCUGCAGCACGUGCUGGGGGACUAUGGACUGGUGAGGCCCGUGCUGAGCGACGCGCACGGCCGCUUCUUGUCGCACGCGGUAUCGGCAGGCGCAGCACGCGGGCAGUUCCGUAGGCGCUGGCGAAGAGAGGCGGAAACGGCCGACGAGCCGCGAGGAGACGGCGAGAGGCUCUACUACAACGUCACCGUCUUCGGCCGGGAGUUCCACCUGCGCCUGCACCCCAACACGCGCCUGGUGGCUCCCGGAGCCAAGAUGGAGUGGCAGACGCCGGGCGGCACGCGCUCGAAGACGCUAAACACCGAAUGCAUGUACGUGGGCGACAUCACGGACGUACAAGGAGCCUCGGUGGCCAUCAGCAACUGCGACGGCCUGGCGGGGAUGAUCCGAACCGAGAAGGAGGAGUUCUUCAUCGAGCCGGUGGAGACGGGACAUGAUGUGAUGGAGCAGGAGGACGGUGGCGGCGGUCGUCCUCACGUCGUGUACCGUUCUGCUGCCGUGAAGAAGCCUCCCACCAGCCCGCUGGCUGCAGACCUUCAUUCCAGAGGUGCUGAUCUCGGGGGUCUCCUGGAUCUGGAGACUCUGUACGAAGGAAUAGAGCGGAGCGUGAACCAGAGCCGGAGAUCUCGACGUCAGUCUCCCGAGCGAGCCUACAACAUCGAGGUGCUGCUCGGGGUCGACGAUUCGGUGGUGCAGUUCCAUGGAUCGCAACAUGUCGAGAAAUACCUGCUUACGCUCAUGAACAUCGUGAAUGAAAUCUACCAUGACCAUUCUCUGGGAGCGCGGAUCAACGUGGUUCUGGUACGGAUUGUCCUGGUGGAUGCCAAAAAGUCCUCGAAUCUGAUCGAGCUGGGAAACCCGUCUCAGAGCCUGGAGAACGUGUGCCGCUGGGCGUUCGAGCAGCAGAGGAAGGACACUACCGACAAGGACUACCAUGACCACGCCAUUUUCCUUACACGCCAAGAGUUCGGACCAACAGGGAUGCAAGGUUACGCUCCUGUAACUGGAAUGUGUCACCCAGUCCGGAGCUGCACUCUGAACCACGAGGACGGCUUCUCCUCUGCCUUCGUAGUGGCCCAUGAGACCGGUCAUGUGCUGGGAAUGGAGCACGAUGGUCAGGGGAAUCAGUGUGGGGAUGAGGUGCAGAUGGGCAGUAUCAUGGCUCCCCUGGUGCAAGCCGCUUUCCACAGAUUCCACUGGUCCCGCUGUAGCCAACAGGAACUGGGCCGCUAUUUACACUCAUACGACUGCCUGAGGGACGAUCCGUUCGAGCACACAUGGGAGGAGUUGCCCCAGCUUCCAGGCCUGCAUUACUCCAUGAACGAGCAGUGUCGCUUUGACUUUGGUGCCGGAUACAUGAUGUGCACAGCGUACCGUCCCUUUGACCCAUGCAAGCAGCUGUGGUGUGCCCAUCCAGACAAUCCGUUUUUCUGCAAGACCAAAAAAGGACCGCCGAUUGACGGAACGAUAUGUGGGGACGGCAAGCACUGCUUUAAAGGACACUGUGUGUGGCUAACUCCAGACAUCAUAAAGCGAGACGGGAACUGGGGCAUGUGGAGUGAGUACGGUGCCUGCAAUCGGCCCUGCGGGAGAGGACUGCAAUUCCGCACUCGCGCUUGUGACAAUCCACGUCCCGCUAAUGGUGGACGCACCUGCCCAGGCUCAAACUACCAGUUCCGGGUGUGUAACAUUCACGAGUGUGAGGACCCGUACUGGGACCACAGGGCCGAGCAGUGCAGCGCCAUGGACAGCAAGUUUGAGUACCACAACAUGAAACACCACUGGCUGCCUUAUGAGCACCCUGACCCUAAACAGCGCUGCACCUUGUACUGCCAGUCCAGAGAGACACGUGUGGUGGUGAACAUGCAGGAGCUGGUGGAACCAGGCAGCCGCUGCUCCUACAAAGACCCCUACAGUGUGUGUGUGUAUGGCGAGUGCGAGAAAGUGGGCUGUGAGAACGUGGUGGGUUCACCGCUUCAGGAGGACAAGUGCGGUGUGUGUGGAGGGGAUGGAACUAGGUGCAAGACUCACAGGUUCAACUUCACCUUCACUGAUAAGAAAGGUGUUAUUAGAGUGCUUGAAAUUCCUAGAGGAGCGAGGCAUCUGCUUAUCCAGGAACUCAAUGGAACUGCUAAUAUUUUGGCUGUGAAGAACAAAGCAACCGGUGAUUUCUUCCUAAACUCUCAUGGAGAUUACCCAGAAACUCGUUCAGUCAUCGAGAAAGGGCUGGAAUGGCAGUAUGAGAACAAGAAUUACAAAGACACCAUUCAGACCAACGGACCUCUGAAGAACGAUGUCGUUAUCAUGAUCCGGAUGCACAGCUCAGCAAAAGCGAAGGUUUCAGUCAAAUACAUCACCGAUUUUGACCAGCUGAGCGACAGAGCCAACGAGAACAACAUGGUGCCUGACAAUGCAGUGCCCUACUCCUGGGUGGUCAAGAAGUGGACCCCCUGCUCCAAGACCUGCGGGACAGGCUCACAGGUGACACGCUAUGGUUGCCGUAAGAACGCUGAGAUGAGGCUGGUGCACAGGCGCUUCUGUGAGAAAAUCAGAAAGCCUUCUGUCAUUUACAGGGACUGCUACCUACGAGAAUGCGCUCAGCCCAUCUGGGUGACCGGAGAUUGGGGUGAAUGCAGUAAAUCCUGUGGUAGGUUUGGAACUCAGACACGCUCAGUACGCUGCGUUCAGCCGCUCAGUGACGGAAAGUUCAAGUCGAUCCGGAGUCGAUACUGCAACGACGAACGUCCUGAGGCGAGACGCGACUGCAACCGCAUGCUCUGUCCUGCUGAGUGGAAACUAGGGCCUUGGUCACAGUGUUCGGUGACCUGCGGCAAAGGGACUCAAGAGAGGCAGGUGCUCUGUCACACUCGUGACAACACCAUCGGACUGUGUUUGGAAUCCAAACCUCUGGCACUGAGAUCCUGCAGCAUGGAUCCAUGCCCAAAGGGCAUGUCAGACUUCAAUAAACACGGCAACUUCCUGAUUCAGUGGCUGUCGCGUCAUGACCCUAAAUACCCGGUGCAGAGGUUCUCAAGCUUCCGGUGUCGUACUGACCGCUCUAUGUUGUGCAAGAUGGCGAUGCUCCAGCAGUAUUGCAUGAUUCCUGCCUUCCAGCGUAUCUGCUGCGAAUCCUGUAGCUCUGCCAACACAACCAGCGUCUCUGUCGCUACACCGACGGGGCUGACUCUGACUACGCCGAGAGUAAGCACGAAAAGCCAGGGUUUCAGUCUGAAAACCACAAGUCCUCCUUCUGCGACAUCGGGAAGAGCCAUCACAGAAGGCAUUGGGUAUACAGAAUAUAACACCUGGGAAUAUACGAUCCUCACGACAGGCACUAAGGUUGAAGCUACGACUCCGAGCGUGAUACACGUAAACACAACAAGAAGCUCGUUCACAGAGCCAACGCCAAUUGCCACGGCAACCCAGACUACAAGCGAUAACGUCACCUUGUCUGUUAUAGAUGAUACCGUACAAAAUGCUGGUACAGAUAACAAUAGCGUCACUGGACUGGAUGAGGUACACGUCACCACGGUGACCAGCCCCAGUGUUGACUCUGAUGAAUCCCAGAUUGGACGAGGUGCUAAUCCUGAAAAAGACCAAACCAGUGCGGAUGAUGAGUUAACCACUUCAGGCUGGCAUGAGACAGAAACGGUCACUAAUACCAGCCUGGCUCUAAUAUUGACAACACUAAUGCCAACUUUUGAAGGAAGUAUUGAACCAUCAACGUCAUCCCUGACCACAUCAACCACAGCGACAAUGACCACUUCAUCACCAACGAUAGACAAGGCAACAACAACCAGGCAAGCCAACAAAGAGGAGGAAAACAACGCCAUUGAGGUCCCUUUCCAAACUACUGGCAUAGAUAACGAGUUCCCCGAGAACAACAUCAUUCCAAGGAAAGGGCGUGUCUUCCUCCGGGAACGAACGCGCAACAAGCGGAUCCAGGAGCUUCUGGAGGAAAAGAGGAACUUUUUACGCCGAAUGAAACGAGCUCAGGGCUUUUAAAGCCUGCUUUCUCUUAUAGAGAGAUAUGGCAAUGCUACUUCUUAACUCCACACAACAUUUUGGUACUUGGGUCAAGAACUGGAAAAGGGGGUGUGUGCUUCCCACAUUAUGGAGCAAACUGAACUUUGUGGAGCCAAAACCACUAGCAAAUUUUUGCACAGUAGCUUUGAGCACAAAGUCCUUGUAGAGAAAACCCCAUUUUUAUUGGAAUGGGCUACGAAAUCAGGUUUGAGUGUCGAUUUUUUUCCAUGCUGCAUCUAGCAGGCAUGUUACACGUUAAAAUAUGGGUAAAAAAACUACACUAUAUGGCCAAAAGUUUGCAGAUCCCUGACCACCACACCCAGACUUUUGCCACAAAACUGGAAGCACACAGUUGUAUAGAAUUUACAAUGAGCUUAAGGUUGGACUGGAAGAACCUUUGGGAUGAACUGGAACUGCCAAAAUGUGAAUAUUCCCCAGAAAUUCUCGAUCAGACAUCAGUGUCUAAUCUCACUAAUGGUCAAAUCCCUAAAGCCACACUCCUAAAUCUAAUGGACAACUUUCCUUUACAGAAAAGCAGAGUUUUUAUAAGAGCAAAGAAGGAAUAAAUCUCUUAAUCUGGUCGGGUGUCUACAAACGUUUGGCCAAAUAGUCACUGGAUGUUAACUUUUUUCCACCACAUUAAUAAUAAAAUCCAUUCCAACGAUGAUUUCAUGAAUCCCUGGGAUUUUAAACCACACUUAUGAGCAUGGAGCAGCUUUUUUUCCCUCUAGAACUUUCCACAGGAACAAGUAGACUUUAUUUCUAAGAUUCACUGAUGUUAUUACGGUUUGGAUUCAAGUCACAUGACCAUAAAGUAAAAGUUUUGGCCCCCCUGGCUAUGCUUCAUUGACUCCUAUGCUGUCCCUAACAAACCCUAUUUGGAAAACAAGUUCUCUCUGUUAAUAAUGAUAAUAAGUAUUAUUAAUAAUAUUCAUUCUUCCCCUGUCUGGAGCAUGCAUGUAGCCAUGGUGGUUCUCUAACCACGCACACCACAUUUCUCUUACACACUUUACUCUCAUACUCACAACCUGGGGAUUUGUUUUAUCCAUGUACACAAAAAUUAUGUAGAAACAUCUACAGUACAUCACAAAUGUUGAGCCCUGGUCAAUUCGGGAAUUCAGGAAUUUUAUACACAAAAUUUUGCCACAUUGACCGGGUCAAUUCAGGAAUUCUGGAAUUUUGUAGACAAAUUUUGCCACAUAGACCCAGUCAAUUUGGGAAUUUAAUACACAAAUUUUGCCACAUUGACCCGGUCAAUUCAGGAAUUCGGGAAUUGAAUACACAAAUUUUGCCACAUUGACCCGGUCAAUUCAGUAAUUUAAUACGCAAAUUUUUCCACAUAGACUCGGUCAAUCCGGGAAUUCAGGAAUUCAAUACAAAAUUUUGCCACAUAGACCCGGUCAAUUCAGGAAUUUUAUACACAAAUUUUGCCACAUAAUCCCGGUCAAUUCGCGAAUUCAGGAAUUUUAUACACAAAUUUUGCCACAUAGCCCUGGUCACUUCGAGAAUUCAGGAAUUUUAUACACAAAUCUUGCCACAUAGACCCAGUCAAGUUGGGAAUUCAGGAAUUUUAUACACAAAUUUUACCACAUAGACCAGGUCAAUUCAGGAAUUCUGGAAUUUUGUAGACAAAUUUUGCCACAUAGACCGGGUCAAUUUGGGAAUUUAAUACACAAAUCUUACCACGUAGACCCAGUCAAUUCAGGUAUUUGGGAAUUUAAUACGCAAAUUUUUCCACAUAGACCUGGUCAAUUUUGGAAUUUUGAACACAAAUUUUGCCGCACAAUCCCGGUCAAUUCGGGAAUUCAGAAAUUUUAUACACAAAUUUUGCCUCAUUGACUUGGUCAUUUCAGGAAUUUAAUACAAAAUUUCGCCACAUAGCCCUGGUCAAUUCGGGAAUUCAGGAAUUUAAUACAAAAUUUCGCCACAUAGCCCUGGUCAAUUUGGGAAUUCAGGAAUUUAAUACAAAAUUUCGCCACAUAGCCCUGGUCAAUUCGGGAAUUCAGGAAUUUAAUACAAAAUUUCGCCACAUAGCCCUGGUCAAUUCGGGAAUUCAGGAAUUUAAUACAAAAUUUUGCCACAUAGCCCUGGUCAAUUCGGGAAUUCAGGAAUUUAAUACAAAAUUUCGCCACAUAGACCCGGUCAAUUCAGGAAUUCAGGAAUUAGCAGACCGAAAGCAUGACCCAAGUGUCCUUUACCAGAAAUAAUUUGGUAAAAAAUGGUAAAUAUUCACUUCAUAUCAUUCCACAUGGAUAAACACUGUAUUUACUCUAAAUUCACAUGAACCACGAGAAGCGAUUUAUUCUUAACAUUUGUUCAUCUGACGUGUAAAAAUCAGGGAUCCAUCUUUUUUAUUACUGUAGGUUUGUCUCUUCUUGGCCUGGUCAACAUGCACGCGAUAUCUUCCGUGACACCAGUCACUGAUUUUUGUAUAUAUUAUUUGUGGAAUGCAGAUAAAAAAAUAUAUAAGAAAA